AUUGCUGUGGAAUAACUAAAGAAUCCUCCUAUACAGGCUUUACAAAGGUAUAAUUCCACUAACUGUAGACCCAAGUGCUCUCCAAUUUGUGUUGGGCAUUCCACUUGUCAACGAAUAACUCAUAUCAGUCCUCCACAAUGUAUAUGUGACAAGGGCUACUCAGGCAAUGGUUGUUUACCACAAUGUGAAAAAAACAACUUGUGGCAAAAAUACUGUGUGCAACAGUCCAGGAAAUUGUGACUGCCUAUUGGGAUACGUGAGAUCGACAGACAAUACGACAAACUGCGUUCCUGUAUGUCAUAAUCCGUGUGGAAAAUUUCAAAGCUGCGUCGGACCGAACGUCUGUAAUUGCACUACAGAUUACAAGAAAGAUUCACUGGGCCACUGUCAUCCAAUCUGUAGUAAGAGCUGUAAUAUUACAAAUUUUGAAGUGUGCGUAAAACCAAACGAUUGCCAAUGUGUCGAGGGUUAUGCUAGGGUAGAAAACAAGUGCCAACCUCAAUGUCCUCAAAAAUGUGGCCUUCAUCAAAAAUGUGUCAAACCAGAAGUCUGCCUAUGCGAAACUAACUACAAAUUCGACUAUCUUGGAGUCUGUCAGCCAAUUUGUUUGGAGGAAUGCGGCAAGAACGAAGAGUGUAUAAAACCUGGCAAUUGCACUUGCAAAGUGGGCUAUUGGAAAAAUAAUAAAACGGAAACGUGUGAGCCUUCCUGCUCGAAAGGCUGCCCAAAACACGGUACCUGUGAUGAACCCGAAAAGUGUAAGUGUAAUGAUGGCUAUCAGAUGUCCAUCUCCGGAAGCUGUGAACCCAAGUGCAAUAGCUGUGGCAAUUACACGUAUUGUGAAGAACCUGAAAAAUGUCUUUGCCUCGAUGGUUACCAUCGACCAACGCCAAGCAGUGAUCACUGUGUGCCCACUUGCAAAAAUGAGUGUGGACCCCAUGCCGAAUGCACCAGUCCAAACAACUGCGAUUGCCAUCCUGGUUACAAGAAGAACGCAACUGGUGAGUGUUUACCUAUAUGUGCGCCAGAGUGUGAGGAGUUCAGCUAUUGCAUUAGUCCUGGGACGUGCGCCUGCAAAGAUGGUUAUCGGGGCGAGGGCAAUUAUUGUACGCCAAUUUGCAGCAACGAGUGUGGAGACAACAGCUACUGUGCCCAGCCAGAGAAAUGCGAGUGUUUUCCCGGCUAUAAUGCCGAUGAUCAGGAUAAUCUCAACUGUUCCAGCCCGACUGCCAUGUGGAUACUCAUAUUCCUUGGCGUGGUUACAGUUAUUGCUCUCAUUUGGCUUAUUUCAUUCAUUGUCUAUGUUUUCACCAGACGUUGUAAAAAACCCAGCCAAUCUAAUGAAAAAGACAUCGAUGGCUCAGAUAUGCGAAAUGUGAAUUUGGGUCAAAUCGACACCAGCCCCGAAGGCAUUGACAACAGCUCCUAUUUUUUUAGUUUAAAACGCGCUAUAGAGCUGUUGAAAUCUAGUGAAAUGAAAAAAAAUAUACAUUUCUGUAUUAGCUUUCUUAUUUUUUGCAAUUAUUUUGCAAUAAUAAAUGCAUAUGGACAUGUUUGCCUUAGACGAGACCAAGUAACAUAUAUGGAUGAAGAGCUUGCAUAUGAAAACGUGCCAUACCGAGAAAAAACUUGGUAUGGAGGUUAUGUUACUAAAUCCAGACUUCAAUUUAAGUGGGUUCCAAAGAUCAAAUAUAAAUUUCAAAACUAUUAUUACUGCUGUGAGGAAUAUGAAAACAUUGAAGUAACGUGUCCCGAGAAUAGUUUUUGCUCGACCAUAUUUGUCAAAUGUAUGUGCAAUGUUGGCUAUUCUGGAGAUAACUGUACGUUGAUCGAUUGCGAUAAUUGCGGGGCGAACAUGCACUGCUACUCGCCCAAUAAGUGUAAAUGCAACACAGGUUACCACAAGAUCUAUGACGACGAUGUCGAUUGUGUACCCGAAUGCAACCCGCGAUGUGGAGCUCAUAGCGUCUGCUCCUCUCCCAACAAUUGCGAGUGUGAAGUGGGCUACAAGGCGGUUGCGAACGGAUACAACUCAACCGAUUGUCGUCCAAUCUGUGCUGAGGAAUGUGGGCCACACAGCAGUUGCACUAGGCCUGGUAAAUGUGAAUGUGAUGAGGGUUGGCAUAUGACGGAUGGCAAAUGCCAGCCAGUCUGCAGUUUGAGCUGCCAAGAGCACAGCAUUUGUAAGGCUCCGGAAUUCUGCGAAUGUGUCGAAGGCUACCAGCAGAGGGAACCAGAUGUCUGUGUCCCAAGCUGUCCCAAGGGAUGCGCCGCCUUUGCUAGGUGUGUGUCGCCCAACCAAUGUGAAUGCUAUGAUGGCUAUGAGAUCACUGCAGAAUCAGCGCAAGAGUGUGUGCCAAAGUGUAUGCAAGGCUGUCCAAAUGGUCGAUGCAUUGCACCUGAAAAGUGUGCCUGCAACUCUGGCUACCUAAUGGGCCCCCAAAGCAGCUGCGAGCCCCAAUGCAACCCUGCCUGCCAACACGGGAUCUGCACCGGUCCCGACACCUGUGAGUGUGAAGCUGGCUAUCGGUUCGCUGCGAACUCUCAACAUAUUUGUGAGCCGAUCUGUGAGCCAAGAUGCCAAAAUGCCGCCUGCUUGGCACCCCAGAUCUGCAUCUGUGAUAUGCACUACGAAAUGGACAUGUCUGCACCUGGACACGUCUGCAAGCCGAGCUGCCAACUCGAGUGUGUGAAUGGCACAUGUGUGUCGCCAGAUGUGUGCAACUGCUUGCCGGGAUACACUGGUCCUACUGUCGAGGGUAACUCCUCCAUUUGCCGACCUCACUGCAGCGGAGGUUGUGAAAACGGUGUCUGCACUGCACCCGACACUUGUGUGUGCUUUGCUGGCUACGAGAGCAGCUCGCAGGGAUGUCAACGAGUCACGACUAGCAGAACUUUUACUACUUUCAUCUCCACCACCACCAGUGAUACGCCUCCCUCAGAUACUACCGAAGAUCUAUCCGAAUAUUGCUCGAGCAGCUGCAAAUGCUGGACUGAGCAAUCAACUGAGAACGGUGUUAACACUUCGACCAAGUGCUUUAGCAAGUGCAUGGAUGACUUUGAGAAGGCAUGCCUGCAUCCCUCCAAGUGUCGCUGCAAUAAGUCAACAGGACAGCUACACUGUGAUGUCGAUGGCUCCAGUGAACUGCGAACGUUUUUCUGUUCUGAGAUUAUACCAAGAGAUGAUUUGUCCACCAAGGAAGCUGCCUUAAACGCUUCGACGUCCGACUUAAGCGUUAUCAACUGGCCGACAGUCCUAGUUUGGUGUGUUGCCAUUACCGUCCUCUUGGCAAUGAUCUCGACUGUCGCCUAUCUCUAUCUUAGGCAAGAGGGCCAACAACCUGCACUUUACUCUGCCAUUGAGAAUGGGAGAUUUGAGAAUGUGCAGCAAGCAAUUGAUUAAUUAAAUAUUAUUAUAAAUAAUAACAAUAAUAUAUAUUUUAUAACUGU